UUCAGCCCAACCACCAGCCGCCACGAAAUCGAGACCCCAGCCAAUCAGUGUACUUCUGGUUUGGAGCAAAUUAAUGACCACAUGUUCUUAUAUAAGCUCACUUCUGUUCUGUUCUGUUGCGUUAUUAAAGGGCACUUGCAUGCAGCAAUAUGGCCACGUCGUCCAAGACGCAGGAAGCUCUGGCCUUGAUGGCCCUCGCCAUGCUCGUCACCAACGCCGCCGUCGCUGCAGACGAUGCGUCGCCGUCCUGCCCCAGGCUCACCCUUCACAACCUCUGUCCUUACCCGGUCUGGCCGCUCGUCACCGCUAACGCCGGGUACCCCUCCGUCGCCGGCACUGACUCCCGGCUCAACGGGAACGGCGAGGGCCUGGUUACCAUGGCGCUGCCGCAAGGCGCGUGGUCGGGCCGUGUGGUGGCGCGCACGGGGUGCGCUGACGAUGGCAUGUCGUGCGAUGACAACUGCUCUCCGCAGUGCAAGACCGGCAACACGCCGCCGGUUACGGUGGCGCAGGUGAGCGUGGGCGGGUCCGGCGGGCUGGCGGAGUACAGCGUGAGCCUGGUGGAUGGGUUCAACGUGCCCAUGGUGGUGACGCCGUGCGACUUCGCGGCGGGGGCGCAGUGCCCGACGCUGGGGUGCGCCGUGGACCUCACCCAGGACCAGGAGUGCUGCCCCGCCGCCGGCGCCGGCGCCAGGGCGCCCGAGGGCGGCUGCGGGGCAGCGGGGACUGAAGCGGCACUGUUCAAGAACAGGUGCCCGGACACGAGGACAACCUCCACAGACGUGGAGGCAACGCCGCAGAACUGCAUCGCGCCCGGUGAGCUCAAGGUCGUCUUCUGCCCGGCACGUGACUGCCCGCCCAGUUGUAACUAGCUAGGCGUACGUCCUGGUCGCUCGCUCACUUGGCGCAUGGGAGACUACUGUGCCUGUUUUGCACUGCAAUAUGCAUGUAGCCAUGUAGGUGUACCAAAUGGUUUGAGGAACUAAUAAUAUAGAGCUAAUAUAUCUAGUGUUAAAAUGAUUAUAUACCUAACAUUAAAUCUUGUCUACCAGAUUCAGUGUAUAUGACAGAGUGGAAUUCCACCUUGGGA